AUGGCCGCUAAGUCGCAGAUCUUCAAAAACUUCUUAAUACAAAUUGUCAUUGAGGCGAUGAGCCAAAAAUAUAAUGUGCAGCUCAACAUGGAAAAGACCAUUAUUCUGAACAAUCGCAAGUUCACCGGCACUUUGGUAACUCAUCGUGUGCGCAACGAAGAUAUGAAAAGGGCCCCGUCUGCGUACGGCUUUCCUGCUGCUCUUAACAGCCGGGAUGGGGCACCACUAAAUUCCGGCAAACUGGUGCAGGAGAUCGACGAGAAGGAUGCUGCGACAAUCUGCAGGCUGGACGUACAGUAUAAACGUAGUGGGAGAUCUGAGAUCUAAUUGCCCAACUACGUUUCUUCGCAGAAGUUAAGUCUCGUUGUCGGUGAGUAUCGUAUCGUGGUGGAAUCCCACAAGUAUGGCUAUUUGUUCAACAAAUUCGUCAACUACCGUCUGCAGCAGGAUCGUGCCCAAGCUUUGUUCGAUAAGACCUCCAGGAUGCUUAGGGUUCGCAUUCCCGUGUUCACUAACUAA